CAAUUAGCAUGUGGUCACGUCCGGUAGCUAGUUCCGUUAGCUAUAAAAGUGGUGUGGCCAGCUGUUAUUUGGAUGCAUUUUAGCUUUCUUCUCCUUUGAUCAACCAAGACAUUUUAAGAUUUCAUUCUAACUUUUAGUGUUCUAUAUGGCUCUUUCAAACGUUAUCAAUCUUGAUAAAUUACUAGAAGAAUACGCUGUACUUGAAAAUAAAAUUUCAGAGUUAAAUGGCAAAACCAUCCUGAUGGAGACGACGCUCGAAGACGCUAAUAGAAAAGUGAAGUUUUAUGAGACCAAGGAAAAAGUUGUCACAGGUGAAAGGGAUGCCCUACUGACCACAGUGAACAAGCUACAGCAGGCUUUACAGGAGCAGUCCAACCUCAGAGUUGUGAAUGAGACACUUCGGACCAAUAUGGAAGUCUUGAACCAACAAAGUAAAAGAACAGCAGAGGAUGGAAAGGCUGAGAUCCAACGACUCCUUAGUGAAAUGAAAGCACAGAGAGAGAGCCACAAGAGGGAGCUAGAGACUGUAAUACGAGACUGCCGGAGACAGGUGGCAGAGGCCCACAAAGAAGGUUUUAGUCAACUGCAAGCCAAAGAGGCUGAACUCACGAAGUUACUGAAGCAAAAGGAUCUAAAUCUGGAGGAGAUGAGCCGGAAGCUAAAGGACCAGGAGAGAAAACAGCAAAGUGAGAUUUUGAAGUUAGAAAUUGAGUAUGGUGAAAAGUUGGGAAGAAUUCAGCAUAGUGCUGAGAUGCACCAGCACAAAAACCAUGACUCAAAUUUUACUCUGAAAAAUUUCUUCAUGGGGAAACUGCAGUUCUUCCAGGAAGAGAAGAACAAGGAAAUUGGGGCUCUACGUCAGAGAAUCAAAGAGCUGGAAGCCAGCCAGCGAACUGCCAGUCUCUGCAGCCGUGCGAAGAAAAGAAGGAUCUAAAUUAUUUAAGGCUAAUAGUACUAAUAGGCUGCUACCAUUUCUCUUCUAUACAGGUUGCAAACCCCAAACUGCAUCACAGCCUUUACAGCCUGACAGACAGCUCAGACCCUGAACAAGAGGGUGACGUAGCAGAUGGACCGCGAUGCCUUACCCCACUGCAGAAGCUCACAUCAGACAUGCACAAGGA